AUGAGGCGAUGUGCUUGUAAGAUGACGGCGUCAUGGUUACUUAUCUACAGGCACGGUGCACGGCGUCCAUUCGGCAAUGCCCCCAACCGCGUUCGUCCCGUUGAAACCCCGUGUGAUUUCUCCAGUUGGCAAAGUAGUCGCGAGGUGAGUGGUUUUUUGGUCAUCGUGGCGGUUUUUGCAGUACCUGUGUGGUUCAUUGUUCUUUCUGGAACACAGGAGGAACGUAAAAGAGAAGUUGUGCUUGAGUGGGCGCGGAAGCAGGCGGAGCGACAUGGACACGAGAGCAAUAAUAGUGGUGCUGAAGAAAAGGUGUGA